CUUGUGUUUUCAUUACAGCUCAACUGACACUGAUGAGAGCUCGACUUAUUUUCUGCAUGAGAAAAGGGAAUCUGAAGUGUAAAUCUGCCAAAUGGAAAAGAGAAAGAAAGGUUCUGCCACUGAAUUGAGACUCAUGGUGGUCGGCAGCAGUGGACCUUCUCAGUUCCAUCUAACCAACGCCAUACUUGGACGGGAGGAGUUUCCGAAGGAUACGGCCAGAAUCUCCAGCACCAGGAGAAACAUGGGGGAUCUUGCCGGUAGACGAGUGGCUGUGAUCAACGCACCGAACAUUUAUGAAAAGGAUAUAUCUAAAGCCAAGAGGAAGAUGGAGCUGAGGAGGUCCAAGUGCUUGUGUAUCCCCGGUCCACAUGCGUUUCUUGUAGCAUUUGAUAUAGAGAACAUCUCCUUGAAUGAUAUCUCAACCCCUAAACUGAUGAAGAAACGCUUCGGAAGACAUUGUAUGAGACACUGCAUGGUCCUGCUGGCCUUUGAGGGAAAUCUGGAAGGAUCCGGGGUGGAGGACAGGGUCAGGAAAACUGAAUGGUACUUGAGGGAACUGAUCGAAAAGUUCAAUGGACGCUUUCACGUUUUUAGCAAGAACUGGAGAGACCGAAGCCGAGACCGAGAGCUGCUGCAGAAGAUCGAACGCAUGGUGGCGUCUUUGGGAGGGGGGUUCUUCUCCAGCAGAACCUUCCAGAAAGCAGAGGAGAGCGUGAAGAAAGAGGAGAAGAGGAUUAGGAAGCAGAGAUCGGCGGAGAUGGAGAAAGCGUGGAUGGAGCUGGAGAAGCAGUACAUCGCGGAGGAGCUACGCAAUCAGAAGGACACGUACACGGCUAGCAUCGCAGCGGAGAUCAGAACCAAAGCCCAGAUGGACAACAGUUGGCUCAGGACGUCCUUGGCCCGGGGUCUGGGGACGGGUUUGGUCGUAGGAGCGGUCAUGGGGGCGCUGUUUGGGUCUAUAGAGGGACCAGGGGGGAUGGUGCUUUACGGGAUCAUAGGCGGGGCGGUUGGAGGGUCAGCUGGAGGAACCGCCCAGGUGGCGAUAAAGCACAUGGAGAACAGAGUGGCCCCGCCCUCCAGACUCAACUUCAACUCAAUAUUCAUCAACCGCUUCUUCGCAGCUCCUCGUUUUUGACGUAAAGAACCAUUAUCCAUUAACCAUUAACCAUUAUCACAUUCUGUU